AUGGACCGCCAGUUCUCCUCCUCCGACAUGGAGAAGGCCUCGGUGCACAACAUCGAGGAGGUCGCACUUCAUGGCCAUGCCGCGACCGACAUUAAGGACGGGCGCGCACUCUUUGUCGUCGACGAGGCUGCAGAGCGUGCUCUGCGCCGCAAGAUCGACCUCCGCAUCCUACCGACGGUCGCGCUCUUGUACCUGUUCUGCUUCAUCGAUCGCGCAAACAUCGGCAAUGCCCGCCUCGCCGGUCUCGAGAAGGACCUUAAGCUCAAGGGCUAUGACUACAACAUUCUCCUCACCGCUUUCUACGUCGCCUACGUCGUCUUCGAGUUCCCGGCUCAAGUCGUCAACAAGUGGAUCGGGCCGGGCAAGAUGAUCCCGAUCCUCUCGUUCCUCUUUGGCCUGUGCUCCUUGUGCAUGGCGUUCGUCCACACCUUCGGGCAGGCCAUCGCGGUUCGAUUCCUGCUUGGCAUUGCGGAAGGCGGAGUCUUCCCUGGUAUUGCGUUCUUCCUGUCGCGCUUCUACCGCAAGGACGAGCUCGGCUUCCGCCUAGCCUGCUACAUCGUCUGCGCUCCCCUCGCCGGUGCCGUCGGCGGCCUGCUCGCGAGCGCCAUCCUCAAGAUCGACUCGAUUGGCCCGUACCGGACCUGGCGGUCCGGCGUGAUCACGAUGGGCAUCGCGAUCAUCUCGUGGUUCAUCCUCCCCGACCGCCCCGAGGUCUGCAAGUGGCUCACGCCCGAGGAGCGCUUGCUUGCCGAGGCCCGCAUCAAGUCCGAGAACGUUGGCCAGACCGAGGUCGUCGACUCGUUGCAGACCAAGACCCUCUACGCCGGCGUGUUCAACGCCACGACCCUGAUCUCGUCGACCAUCUUCUUCUUCGACAACAUCGUCCCCACCAUCAUCCGCACCAUCUAUCCGGGCUUGACGACGGUGCAGCAGCAGCUGCGCACGGUCCCGCCCUACGUCGUCGGCGCCUUCACGACCCUCCUCACCGGCUACCUCUCGUUCAAGACCAAGAAGCGCGGCCUCUACAUGGUCCUCUCGGCGCCGUUCAUGAUCCUGGGCUACGCGAUGUACCUCGCGACGCAGGACCCGCACGUUCGCUACACCGCCGCGUUCAUGGUCGCCAUCGGCGCCUUCUCGUUCGGCGCUCUCUGCACGGCAUGGGCGGCCGCCAACGUCACCUCGGACACUGCUCGCGCCGGCGCUCUCGGCACCGUCGUCUUCUUCGGCAACUGCGGCGGCCUCGUCUCGACGUGGACUUUCUUGCCCAACGCCGCGCCGCGCUACGUUCCCGGCAACGCGUUCAACCUGUGCGGCUCGUCCGUCAUGCUCUUCCUCGCCGCCGGCCUGUGGGCGUGGCAGGUGCGCGAGAACCGGGCCAAGGCCAACGGGCGCGACGACUGGCGCAUCGAGGGCAAGACGCAGGCCGAGAUCGAGGCGCUCGGGCAGAAGCUCCCGGGCUUCCGGUACUCGUACUGA